AUGACGGGUCGGGGUGCCUCUGCUCACCAAGCCAUCGAGCUGAUCAAGGACCUGGUCAACUACGACGUGUGCCCGGCGCUGCUCAAGGGCCUCGUGGCGCUGCUGAAACCGUCCUUCAAGGAGACCAGCAAACAGCAGUCCCAGAUCGUCAGCCACUCUUCGGUUCUGCAGCUCACCGCCCACCUGCCGUGGUUCUUGCAGCAGGCCGCGGCCACCAAGGCCACCGGGAUCCUGGCGCGAGGCAACACGAGCCUGGCCGAGGAGAUGCUGCACCUGCGCGUGGUGCACAGCCUCAUGGCCGCCAUGGGCAACAUGGACCACAGCAACGGCCAGCGGCAGGCCAGCCUCACGCUAGAGUACUUUGUGCAGUUAUUCCCAGUGGUGGAGGAGCACGUGCGCAGGUCCAUGGGGGAGGAACUCUACAAGCUCUUCCGUGGCAACGCCGAGGACUUGUACAGGAGAAUAGAUAGCAAUCAGGCAGACAUCUUGGCGGCCAACGAAGUCAAUGUCACCAAAGCCAUCGAGCUGAUCAAGGACCUGGUCAACUACGACGUGUGCCCGGCGCUGCUCAAGGGCCUCGUGGCGCUGCUGACACCGUCCUUCAAGGAGACCAGCAAACAGCAGUCCCAGAUCGUCAGCGACUCUUCGGUUCUGCAGCUCACCACCCACCUGCCGUGGUUCUUGCAGCAGGCCGCGGCCACCAGGGCCACCGGGAUCCUGGCGCGAGGCAACACGAGCCUGGCCGAGGAGAUGCUGCACCUGCGCGUGGUGCACAGCCUCAUGGCCGCCAUGGGCAACACGGACCACAGCAACGGCCAGCGGCAGGCCAGCCUCACGCUAGAGUACUAUGUGCAGUUAUUCCCAGUGGUGGAGGAGCACGUGCGCAGGUCCAUGGGGGAGGAACUCUACAAACUCUUCCGUGGCAACGCCGAGGACUUGUACAGGAGAAUAGAUAGCUCUCAGGCGGAUAUCUUGGCGGCCAACGAAGUCAGUGUCACCAAAGCCAUCGAGCUGAUCAAGGACCUGGUCAACUACGACGUGUGCCCGGCGCUGCUCAAGGGCCUCGUGGCGCUGCUGAAACCGUCCUUCAAGGAGACCAGCAAACAGCAGUCCCAGAUCGUCAGCCACUCUUCGGUUCUGCAGCUCACCGCCCACCUGCCGUGGUUCUUGCAGCAGGCCGCGGCCACCAAGGCCACCGGGUAA